AUGUCCUCUGCAGUGGAAGAGGUCAACCCGAACAAGGCCGAGGUAGCAGCGCCAGAGUUCAUCUAUCAUCAGGCACGGAUAGAUGGGAGGGAAUGUUCAAUGAUGCGCCCUCCUACGCUGGAGCUUGGACUGUUGCCUCAGAAGGACGGCAGUGCACGCCUGGGCUUUGGUGACACUGAGGUUCUGGUGGGCGUCAACGGGCCAGUGGAAAAUAGAUUCCCGUUGGGAGUGAGCACACCUGGGUACCCGCUGGAUGUGACCGUGCGAAGAGCUUCUGGUAUGCCAACUGCUGAGGAUAAGAGUGUUGAGUACCAACUCACUAAGUUCAUUAACACUAUCAUCGAUACACAUCUCCUACCCGGCAAUACCAUGGUCACUGUAGCGGUGGAAGUGAUGAACAACGAUGGAUCGCUUCUGUCGACUAUCUUUAACGCGGCGAUCCUUGCCCUCUUGGACGCGGGUUCGAUUCCUCUCAGAGGUACAGCUUUCGCUGCCGCAUUGGGUAAACGUUAUCACCGCGGUGGGACGCAGAUCCUGGUGGAUCCAGAUCAGUCCGAGGAGGAGUCCUCUGUCUUUACUGAUACCUUCGUCAUCGACAUCCAUUCGCAGGAUGUGGUGAUGCUGGUGAGAGAUGUCGCCGUCGGGGCAGCGGCCGAGAAGGAAGUGGAGGCCGAUGCACUGGCUCCAACGGCGGUAGCUGCUGUUAAAGCAUUCGAGAAGUACGUCCGGUCCUGCCUUGCAGUGUAUUACCAGAAGAUUCGACCUGUCAAUGCUUAG